AUGUCUGUUGUGAGCCAAAAGCAAGAGAAUCAGGCGCUCAAAGUGGGCGAUGUUCAAGGCAGGGGCAGUAACAAAGGGUCUGAACAGCCAGGACGCUCUGAAAAGCGCAAGUCAGAGGUACUAAUCGCAGCACAAUCAUUGGAUUCCGAGUUGCAACAUGUGAAGAAUUUGAAGAGAAUAUCUAUUGGGUCGAUGGAUAUGCUUAUAGACCCUGAGAUGGAAUUUCGUGUGAGUCCUUCUCCCUCUCAACCUGCGCCAACCACAGAUACCUCUCACGAUCAGCAACUUUACAACAGCCACAGUGACCACGACUCCGAUGACGACCUUUCUUACGUUAACGACAGCAUAGAUAUAACAAGCACGGAAUACCUUCAAGAAAGCGAAGGAACGGGGUUUGAGUCUUUGGGCUCGUCUUCGAACGACGCCGAUUGCGGCAAACGAACCCUUAGCGGAGUGCGAAGGGGCGGUCUGUCUGGUAAAACUCGCAUGAACAAUAAUUUAUCGGCCAAGGACGAAGAGUCCGUUACUCAUAAUCUUCUUUGGGUCCCCGCAAAUCAGCACCCGAACAUCAAACCCGAGAACUAUCUCGAACUGGUCCAAGAUACACUGCAUACUCUAAAGAUAGAACCUGAUAAUGAAGGCUCUGUUGAAGGAGGAAACGAUGAAAAAAUUGUGCAUGCUCCUGCAGCAGCCAGCGCCAACCUGCCUCCUUCUAACCAACUGCGCUCAGGCCUCAAUUCGUUGGUGCGAAGACCGUCCGGGUUGCGCAAGUCAUUUACAGAACUCGAGGACCUACUGCUUCAAGAAGCUCAGGAUACAAGUGGAGGUGACGAAAAUGCGGAGCUUCCUUCCGCAGAUAAAAUGCCUUCUGUGAGACCCCGGAUCGGUUCGAGAAGUUCAUCCCUGAAAGAUAUAACUGAGGAGCUCACUCGUAUUUCAAACAGGGCAGGUUUCACAGACGGUGACGCUGUGUCGCUGGCUAGAACUCUAAGCAUGGCCAGCUCUUACUAUACCGACGAAGAUGGCGAGUCUGUUGGCAGUCCUGAAAAGAAGCCGGAAAAAGAGUAUGCUUCGAGUAUGCUCACAAAGAAUGGAUUGGCUAUUCCAGCACGAUCUUCGCUGAGACGCAGUAAGUUCAACACCUACAGAAUUAGAAAUACAAGUGGUGGCAGCACGGCUCCAUCUAACUUACGGUCGCCAUCGGCUGAACAUAAUGAACUUGAUCGGUCUCCCAUUCGAGUCGACCAGAAAAACGCUCAACUACAGUCUCCAACGUCUGUAAAUGACUUUAACGAAAUAUACGACCAUUAUCGUCAAAGCAGUUUUGAUAGUUCUUUAGGUGCAUACCCGCAUGAACAUCAAAACGCCCACACAUCCAAUUUUCACAGCAUAGCUUCGAAACGUCCAAAGGACGACACAUUACUUGAUUCUGAGUCAAGCCUACACGAUUUGCACAAAGGCAGCCUUAAUAAGGCUCUCGACGAUGAGCAACAAGCUAGUUUUAGAGGGCAUGUUGAGGCAACCAAUAAUGAUGAAAAAGACGAUCACAAGCAUGCCAGUUCUCAGGCUCCACGCAAAAAAAGCGGUUGGAGUUGGUUUGGUAAGAAAAGUAGUAAGGAUCAAGAGAGCUCUCCUGAACACACACAAAGGGUUUCUAGUGACUUCUUAGGUGUUAGCAGCAGUGCUAAACCUACCAAUGUUCCCACAGAAAAAAUCAACCAUUCACGUCAUAGACACUAUUCGAUUGAUGAUACUGCGAACUCUUCCACAGAAUCAACUACGAGCAACACAGUGUCAUCUUCACAAUCUCCUACGAAGAAGCAGAGAAAGGAGAAGAAGUUUAUCCAGCUGUUCAAGCGCAAUAGAACCACUUCCACGAACGGACGUGAAAAGGAUGACGGUCCGAGUAUAUCCGAAAAAUUACAGAGCAGCAAUGCCGUGAAGGUCCUCAAAACUCGGACUUCGUCGACCAACCUGAGAAAGAACCGCCUGAGUCCUAAAAAGACAAGGCUUUCGGGUGACGGGAGACGUGAAUCAGUUAAGGAAGACUUUGGAUCUACCCAAGACUAUAAAGUGGUUCGGGAAGAGAAAGAGCCUCUUGCCAAGCUACAACCCUCGGUAUCUUUAACUCCAAAGUCAAGGCCUCCUCUAACUCAGGACAAACCCAAACAAAAUAACGUAGGAGAAGAUCUUAGAUUGAACAAUCAAGAUAAACAUAGAGCGGACUCGGUGCUGGACUCGGAUUCCGAGCCCGAGCUUGAAGCUGACGAAGAGGCUGGGCCAAGGACGGACGCGAUACAUGAAGGAAUCACGGAAAGCAAUACACAAGCGGAGGCUGAUACCGUCACUGCUUAUGCGCCCGAGGAAACCGCUGCAGCAAGUGCAGAUGAUUCAUUCACAAAGUCCCAGGAGCCCAAUGCUCCAGAACUGCAGGCUCCGGCGGCAGGCGGUUACGUUUUACCUCCCAGAAAGCUCGCGUUUAGUGACGUGAUAAAGCCAGAGCGUCCCAACGCGCCUAUGAAGUUUAGUGACAGCUCAUUCGGUUUCCCGCUACCGCCGCUGACAGUCUCCACUGUAGUUAUGAUUGACCACCGCUUACCGAUCAAUGUUGAGAGAGCAAUCUACAGGCUCAGUCACUUGAAACUGGGCGAUCCAAAGAGAGAACUGCGCCAACAAGUCAUCUUAAGCAAUUUCAUGUAUGCCUACCUGAAUCUCGUGAACCACAGCCUCUAUCUACAGCAACUUGAUGAAGAAGGCCCCACAGGUGUGGACGCGGCUGGGAUGGAUGGUAUGACAGCGUCUCUCUGA